GUCGUUGUUGUGUUUACAGUAACGUUGACAGAAGCGCGCAGGAAAACGGGGAGACUAUGAGAAAGCGCAGCUGCAACAUUCAACCACAUGGUUCCUCAAGCGCACACACAAGCCGCGCCGCUGACGUCCACUUAAAGGACUUGCAUUGGUGCCGUCCACAGCGACGUGGUCUCAGUCCAGUGGGUCGGGUUUUCAGCCGUACGGGCAGUUGAAAAGUUGCUACUUGGAGCGUUUUAUUUUAUUUUAUUUUAUUUUUGUAAAUCGAACCAAAAAAAGGUUCCGAGAUUGAAGAGAGACUUGGGAACUUUUUUGUUGUUGUGAGGUUUAUCAGGCAGCGUGAUAGGAACAAGUGGGACGUAUUGUUGAGACGCGGUGGUGUUUUUACGCACUUUUUACGCACAGUAAGGAUGGUGCAGCAGCAGCAGCACAUGAGCGCUCACGCUCUUUCCCCAGCCGGGGACUCCACGGACAGCGGAGAAAUGGACUCGGAAAUGGAUGCGUCUCCCACCCCGGCGGAGCGGAGCGACCUGGCCUGGUGCAAAACCCCGACGGGCCAUAUCAAGAGACCCAUGAACGCAUUCAUGGUGUGGUCGCAGAUCGAAAGGAGAAAGAUCAUGGAGCAGUCUCCGGACAUGCACAACGCGGAGAUCUCCAAGCGGCUCGGCAAGCGGUGGAAGCUGCUCAAAGACGCGGACAAGAUCCCCUUCAUCCGGGAGGCGGAGCGGCUGCGGCUCAAACACAUGGCCGACUACCCAGACUACAAGUACCGGCCCAGGAAGAAGGUCAAGUCGGGCAGCGGGGCAAGUAAGCAGCAGGCGGAGCGCGCGGAAAAGAGCUCGGAGCGCAGCAGCAAAGCCAAAAGAAGCCCCGCAGCCAAAGCGGCGAGCCGGGCGCACAAGCACGUAGCCAGCAAGUCCACCAGCUCCCCGGGUCUGGAUGGCGCGUCACCCAGUGGCGACCACCAGACCCUCUUCAAAUCCAGGUCAGUGUCUGGGGCCAGACAGAUCCCCGACAAGCGCACCGGGGAAGCGAGGCGCAGCUUCGCGUUUGCGGGGGCAGGGAGCUUAGAGAGCGGACCUCCCUCCGUGGGAGUCCCGGCAAGUCCCAGCCUGAGCAGCUCAGCCGAGUCCAGCGACCCGCUGAGCCUGUACGAGGAGCACAGCCCCGGGGGGAGCGAUUCGUCCCCCACCGCGCGCCUCAGGUACUCUCGCGCGUCCUCCCCCACGCCGUCUGCCUCUCACUCCUCGUCAGUCUCCUCCUCGGAUGAGGAAUUGGAAGACGAGCGACUCGACUUAAACCCGAGCCCCGGUUAUGAGAGCAUGUCUCUCGGUUGCAUGGGCUUCUCUGACGCAGAACUGGACCGGGACUUGGACUGGAGCUUUGGGGAGUGCGGCGCCGGUUCGCACUUUGACUUCCCAGACUACUGCACUCGGGAGGUGAGCGAAAUGAUCUCAGGAGACUGGCUGGAGUCCACCAUCUCCAACCUGGUGUUCACCUACUGAAGCUACAGCCGAGCCGAGGAGAACCGUGACGAACCCUCCCGAGUUUUGAACUCUACGACCCGCAUUCCUCCUCCUCCUCCCUCCCGGAGCCAUUUUCACGGAAUAGAGUGGAAAGAGGAGACAGUCCGUGUGCGCGCUAUUCACAGACUGUGCGUCUGCCGGGUGCGCGCGCGCAGGCGGGCGGGGGAAAAAAUGCUUACUUUGCAUUUGGACAGAGUGGAGGAGUGAAUGUAAGCAGAAAGAAGUGAAAGUGACUUCGAAACUAAUCCCCGAGAGGAUGACAAGUGACACUAAAAUGAGUGUUAUUUGGGGAAAGAGACACUUCAGGUGUUUUUUUUUUUUUUGUCCGUCCCCUCCAAUUCAGUAGUUCCAGUAUCAACACGCAUGCUCUCCAGAAUGAGGAGGAUUUAGCUGUUGUUAAAUGUUCAUUGCUGCGUAAUGACGCAACGUGUGAGACCUUCGGUUGGACACAAUUCACGAUCACCAGCUUUUUUUCCAACGGCAGGACUUAAAAAAAAAAAAAAAAAGAAAUUCAGACUUCAGAAAACCUUUCUUAAAACACUCAGUGCACAAUUCAGGACCAACGCCCCCCGCCCCCCUCCCCAUCCCAGUCUGCAUCCUUUUUGCCUAGUGCUUCAAGUUUCUAGUUCCUCUGUGUCAAGAUGACUUUUUUUAUAUCGAUGUGUUUCUACCGGCCAAAAUUUUUUUAUACAUAGAAAGUCUGGUCUCGUUUGUGUGCGUGCACAUACACUUGUCUGUAUCCAGCGCGGAAGGGCUAGAAGUGUCUCUUAUUUAAAGUGUCUGACCUCUCUCACUUUCUGAGUGCGUCACGAUUUUUUUACUUGUAUUUUUGUACAAAAUCUAUCAGAAGUCGAAGUGGGGGGGGGGGGGGGGGGCGUGGCUAUUGAGGGAGUGAGGCAGUGAAGUGGGGGUAGCCUCCAAAAAAAUGGUUUUGGAUCUACAUUUCAUGUGCAAAAGAACCUGGGGGGCGGGGCUGGCACAAUCUGACCUCACACCGUGUUUACAAUAUUUACCCACAUGCUUCUUAAUGGCACAGUGACUCCAGUUUCACCAGCCAAGUAAAUAAAACAUCACUGCUGCAGGCUCCCAAGCAGCCUGAGUGGCGAGUGUCUUAGUCUAGUACACAUCCUAGACUUUGUAAGGACUGAAAGAUCCCAGAGUGUCACUGUUUAGAUAGAGCUAAUACCUCUGUGUGCUUUUCUUCUAAUUCUUCUUCUUCUUGUUCUUCUGCUCUUACUUUCCGAGAUAAGUUUUAUUUGAACCACUGGAUGGAAUUUCACUCACAUUCCACUUUGCCUAGACUUUGGAGGGAAGAAGGUGUAUGAAGUGCUUCAUCUGUUUCUCGCGCAAACCGCAUCCAAAAUAGUAUUUAACCUUUCUGUACCUGUUGGCUACGUAUAGCAAAAGGCUAAUUGUUUUUUCCUAUAUUAUGGCAUGGCAAAUAGCAUUUGUAUUUCAGAUUCAGGUAUAUGUAGCUAUAGCUGUUGUGUUUAAGAUUUUUAAAAGAAUAAUAACAUGAAGAUAUUUAUGUAAACUGACUGUACUAUAAGCAAAGAUUGUGUGUUUUAUGUAUGAUGAUCAACGACAGGCACUAGGACAGCCAUCUUUUGGACACGUUCAAGAUGAUUGUGGUCCGGGAGUUUCUCUUUUUUCCAAGACAUUUUUUUUUGGUUUUGUUGUUGUUGUUUUAUUUUUCAUUUGUGCAAUAUGCUGUGUAUGACCAUGUCGUGUCCGAUCAUGCCAAUAUUGAUUUUGUUGUUUAUUACAAGGAAGAAAAAAAAAAAAAACAGCCAAUGUUUUGGGUCAAUCACUGCCUCUCAGACCUCUGUACAGAUUGUCGUUUUUAUUUGUAUUUCUUUUCCUCCGAGAAGGAAAUAAAAUCAGCUGGAACUGAAAAGUGCAA